AUGCCCCUGGCUUCACCCCAGUGCAGCACGUCUCAACUGCUGGCAAUCGAAUCCCAUCAUCUCAGAAAGAAACAAAAAUCCCCAUCCGAGAGAAGCAGCGCAGCUUUGUCAUAUUUCAGAUCCUCUCCGCCUUACUGGCCAGCCAUUGACCCUCAAGCUAGUUCGAGGUCGGACACGUCCACCCCACUGUCGCAACGAACCCUACGUCGCACGCCGCGCUUCAUAGGCCAUCCAGGGCCUCCCGCCCCCGCGUCUCCCCCGAGACCGUUACACCUCGAGGCCGUCUCGGUUGGUAUCAGGCACCCUGGUCUGUUCACCAAGCCCAUCCUCGACGACGACGACGACAACGACGGCGCGCAAGAGGACAAGUCGCGACCAGCAACAGGGCGCCGCCGCCGUACGAAGAAGCAUCUCUCCCAAGGCCUGCCCAGCGACCCCGUCGACGACGUCGCCUCUACCACCCUUCCCCCGUCCCUCGUCCCGCCGAGGACCUCCUCCCGCCCGACUGACCGCUCCUCGGUACAUCCGUUCCUGCGCGUCUCCAAGCAUACCCACAGUGCAAUCCUCUGGGCCCUCGAGGAGGCACUUAGACAGCCCAACCCCUUCACGCCCGACCUGGUCGAGGAAAACGCGCCCAUGGCCGACAUUCGUAUGGUCGGCGGCCCGCCGGCCGUAACAAAUGGCUUCGGCUCGCCUGGCGCUAGGCCGACAGCCCCGUCAUCCCAGACCGGCUCACCAUCACAGGGCAUCAAGGGUCCUAAGAAGAUCAUGGAGGAGCGCGCGGCUAGAGAGGCAGCACGAGAAGAGCGCAAGAGACAAGAGCGAGAACGGGAACGGGAACGGGAGCAGAUGGAACGGCUCCAGGCCGAGAGCGAAGCGAGACAGCUGGAAGACCAACAACAGAAGAGGAUAGCGGAUCGGAGAGGCACCGCAGCUGGCGCUGCCAUAGUCGCGGGUGGUGAUCCCUCGGUGCCCAUCUCUACCCAACCAAUAGACCCUCCCGGCACCCAGCGCAGACGACAACAACAACAACAGCAGCAGCAGCAGCAGCAGCAGGCCUCGGCACCACCACAGCCACAGCCUGUCUCCACAGCGCAGCAGCCUUCUGGCCAGACGCAGCGACGGACCUCGCGGACCAGUGGACAGCAGCGCCAAGAGCCCCUCCAAUUUACUGGCGUGCCGAGCAUGGACGGGACCGGAGCACAGAUCCCCGGUACAACGACUGCUCUGCCCGGUGACCCUGGCGUGACGGUGCAGCCGCGCAACACAUUUCCGCACGCCUUUGAGCGGUGGGAGGCGCUGUCGGCGCACUGGGAGGGCCUGACGAGCUUCUGGAUCAGGAAGCUGCAGCAGCACGCGGACGAAAUCGACCGCGACCCGGUCUCAGCACAGCUGUCGCGACAGGUCAGCGAUCUCUCUGCGGCGGGUGCGAACCUGUUCCACGCGGUCGUCGAGCUCCAGCGCCUGCGGGCGAGCUCUGAGCGCAAGUUCCAGCGAUGGUUUUUUGAGACCCGGGCCGAGCUUGAGCGGCACGAGGAGACCAAGGCCGGCCUAGAGCGUGCGCUGCAGGAGGAGAGGCUGUCCAAGGCCGCUGCGGUGAAGGAGGCGCUGGACAAUGAGAAGAACAACUCCAAGACGCAGAAGAGGAUCAGCGAGAUGCAGAAGGAGCUGCUCAUAUCCAAGGAGGAGGCCCGUCGCGCUUGGGAGGAGCUGGGCCGCCGGGAGCAGGAGGAGCGGGAUCGCACCAUCUCACUCCAGCAAGGCAUGCCCACUAUCGUCGGCGGUGUUCAGGUCGUGCCCAUGUCACAGGGCGUCCCCGGGCGCAGCGCCGAAGCGCGGCAGCAACAGCUGGAUGCCUCGUCCCCGCAGCCACCAUACCCGCCAUACUCGCAAUCCCCGCCAGAGCAUCAUCCAUCAUCAGCCGUGCCGGCCUCCAGUAGUGGUGGUGGUGGUGGUGGUGGUGGUGGUGCAGGAGGAGGAGGAGGAGGAGGAGGAUAUUACCAGCAGCCAUUGGGCGCAGGCGACGAGGGACGGCCGUACAGCGGCGAGGGACAAUCUGAAGGUGGCUACAGCGAGGGUGAGUACCUCAUCGAUGCUCAUGGCAAUUUCAUCCGUGACUCCGGGGGUCACAAAAUUCCCUACCCCGGCACACCAGGGGACGAUGAUUCUGAUGAUUCUGGUGCAGAAGAGUACGAGACCCCCUCAGCACAGCCCAGUGUCAGCUACCCUCCGUCGUCAUCCCAGCAGUGGGCUGGCCAGCCUGACUACUCGGGCAGCGGCUAUGCAGCGCCUGGCUGGGACCCAAUGCCCCGCCACCAUCAUCCGACCCGCCUUAGCGAUGUGCUCGAGGAGGAUGAAACGCGCAGCCGAACGAGUGCAAGCCAGAGCCAAGCCGGCCGACACUAG